AUGAAAGCCCUCUCUACUGACCAAACCAACCAAAUCCUUUUUUAUCUUGAUUUUAACCAAUCUACAAGGGAGAACUCACAUUCCUCUGGUGAAGCCCCCAAAUGUGGGUGGUUGAAUAUUAACCUCAUUACCUCUAGCACCAAGGAGAUGGGUCCAGGGUCUCAAUGGGAUACUUUGGAUGAUCACUUUGGUGAUUGGAACUGGAAGAAGAUAGUUGGACUUGGUAUGGACAAGGCUCAGGAGGAGAAAGAAGCUCAUGUAAUGGCUUUUGAGGAGCUUGAUGGCACUUUGCAACCUGGGGCAUCAGAUCCCUGGAAAUUGGAGAUUGAGUAUUGGGAACACAAUCCCAAUGACUCUUUUGUUACUAACCCAUUCAAGCUGAAGGUCACUCAUAAACAAACAGCUAUUAGCCAAGCUGCUGUUCAACUGAAACUUGCAGAAAUGGAAGCUCAUGAUCUACAGUUAGGUGUCAACAUAUCUCUCCACCCUGACAUCUCACCCAGCAUGUUUAUUGCAUCUGGCAUUGAUCUUGAAAGUGAACAGUGUCAUUUGCAGGCAGAUAUGGCUCACCUUGGUUUGCACCCCACAGACACACAGAAGGCUACCACACAGCAUCAGCAGAACUCUCUACAGUGCAAGAUUAAUGCGUGGAGGCACAUUCAGGCCCUCUAUACCCCCGCAGUCCAACUGCUACACUCAUAUUCAUCCCAAUCUUCCCUGGACCCCAUUACACCAGAAGACAUAAAACUCUACUUGCCAUUGACUAUGUGUGUCAGAUCUAUGCAUUGUGAUACUCAUCUUCAGACCACUGAAUGGGAACUCCAUUUUUCUCAGGCUGGGGAUGCACUGGAGGAGCUAAGGCAGAGCCUCCACCUAUGUGACUAUAUGUACACAUUUAAAAGAGAUUGGAUAUGUGGUCAGAGCACAAAUACUUGGGCUCAAAAUGCUUUCACUCACAUAGUUUCAAAGGUAUCAGCUGCUGCUGAUAAGUAUUGUGCUGCUCAUGGAGCACUUUUGGCCCUCACUCCCUUGCUCCAAAUGAUCAGCUGGAACUUCAAGUACAAGGAACUCAACAAGAAGGAUGAUAUGCAUAGGAUGUCAGCACUCACAAAAGGUGCUCAACUUAGGCACAAUCUCACUGACCAUUUUGAGAAAAUGUGGAUAGUGCAUCUUUCAGCUACUGCAGGCAGCCCAGUUGGGAAAGAGGAUGAGGAAGGAACAGGCAACUAG